AUGGCCGACGACCCGCCUCCCUCGCAGCCCAGCUCCCACUUCCCCAUCGAGCCCGUCUCGGCAUCCUUGCUCGCGGCACGCGAACGUCGCCGAAGAGAUGCUCUGCGGCGCCGGGGCGCCGUCUUGACGGGAUGCCGGGAAGUUGACGACGGGGCUCUCCUCGGGGGCCUCGAGAGGGGCUGCGUGACGGGAAUCAGUGCCGAGGAUGAGAGUUUUGGCAUGCGGCUUGCGUUUCAGGCUGUGGCGCGGAGCCUCGUUGAGGGGGGCCAGAGAGCUGUGAUCCUGACGACGCUGGCGGCUGCGGGUGUCCUGCCGCUGCUGCGGGAUGCGGUGCGGGCGAGGCUGCUGCAGGUUGGGAAGCAGGGGGAUGAGCUGAGGGCUGCGAUCAGGGAGUGCCUUGGAAUGGUCUCUAUGGCGACCGUGUUCGAUCUGGAGGGGGUCUGGGAGGUGUUGGAUGAGGUUGACGGCGAUGAGACACGAGAGACUGUGGGAGACAAGGCUGCCGGCGACAUUCAUGGAGCCGGUCUUGGUGUAGGAAGGGACGCAAGUCCAGUCGGGCGAGAUGCGAGCCUCGAGACUGAGCUGAAAGAGACGACGAACGAAGACGAGUUGGUGGCCAAGAAGACGGCCAUCAUUGACGCCAGGGACGAAGAUAUGCUGCCGCCACCAGCAACACAAAAGAUCCAGACGGACGAGAGGGUCGUCAUGCCGGAGCUGAACCUUGGACCGGCUGAGAUUGCGGACAGUGAAGACGAAGAUUUCGGGUCGUCACUUUCGUCCUCGCCAUUGUCGUCGCCGCCGGCAUCAAGCUCGGGCAGCGUGCCGGCAGGUCUCGAGUUGAACGAAGAGGAGAUCGUUGCGGGUGGUGCUCUCGACGCCGCCUCCUCGCCCAUGUCUUUAGCCGGAUCUUCAGCCAACUCUUCAACCGACUCUAUUGAUGCGGUUCUACGAGUACUGGCUCCCUUGGAUGCGUCGGCAGUCAAGUUGGGAGAUCCUCCCCGCCACAGCGACGCAGUGACUUCGAAAGAAGUGGUGUCAAGCAGUCCAGAAAGCCCCCCUGCAGUACACCCUCCAUCCCCGGUGCGCAGCGAAACCCCCUUGCCGGCGACGGCUGAAAAGCCUACAGUCACGAUGGAUACUUCACGGGUCGCGACCUCGAACGCACCCAGACGUGCAACGUCGACUGCACCAGACAUCAUCGUCAUCACCCACUUCUCGACUCUUCUCACCACGCUAUUCGCACGCCAAGACAAGUCUGCCGCCCACAACAGCAUCAAUCUUCUUUCUUCCCAUCUAUGCCACCUAUCGAGAACCCUGCCAACCAGCCCCCUCAUCCUCCUCCUCAACACCACUGCCCCUUCUUUACCCGGCACAGCCGCCCCAGCGGUCGACACACCGUCGCGCAAGCCCUCUUCCCGCCCCCUAGACCCGACGCUCCGCUCCGUCUUCAACCCUCCGCCGUUGACCAUCGCUGGCUACCAAAGCGCCGCCUCCCGCCGGAACAAGCCCAGUUUCGGUAUGGUCUUUGCACAGACGCUUGACCUACACCUCUUGUGUACCCGUGUGCCGCGCAGCGCUGAAGACGCUGAGAGGAUCUUCGGCGACGCGCCAGGCGACGCGAGGUUUGUCUGGGUGGUUGAGGUGCUUCUCGAUGAGAUUGGCGUGUGGGGCCAAGGCAAAGGGCCGCGGCGGUCAAGAGAACAAAGAUGGGGGGCUGUCGAUGUCGUCGGGGGGAGCGUCGUGGAUGCAUUUGAGCCGAAAGCGCCCGCUGUGCCCAAGGAGAUUCGACUCGCUGCCGGGUUCGGAGGGCCAAGAGUAUGA